AUGUUGACCAACAAGAUCGACCGCUUCAGUUACGACGUCUCUCGGGGCUUGGGCAGCGUCCAUUUCAGGACGGAAAAUCUCAAACAACUGAUGGAGAACCUUGAGGAAGACCAGGCCUAUGAGAAGAAUAUGAUCCCGAGGCCACAUGAGGUGCAGGCCUACGUCAAAGUCAGCCAGGCCUCGGCGCCGCAAGGCGGAGAAUUGAAAGAGAAGGAGGAGGAAGAAGAAGAGGAGGAGGAGGGGAAAAGGGGUGAAAGCGGCGCAGCCGCAUCACGCCGCUAA